CUCUUUGGUUGUUUACUGGUCAGCUGAUAACGUCGAGUCUGUCUGAGUUUACCAACGCCAACUAGUCAACAAAGAGUGGACGGUACUGCAGAGUUUUAGACAAACCAGGACAAUAAACUAACCAAAAAAAAGGAAGUUGGCUAACGAAGCUGUGUCAGCGCAGUUGACCUGACUGCUCUUUGUGCCAGAGUUCAAAGGUCAUCCAGCAGGUAGGAAGCCCAGCUCUGACUGCCCCUCUGGGAUGAUGGCAAACCCGCUGAGGGCUGAAGUGGUUCGACUCUACAAGAACCUCCUCUACCUUGGCCGUGAGUAUCCUAAAGGUGGCGACUACUUCAGAGAUCGGCUGAGAGCAGCGUUUGCCAAGAACAAGUCAGUCGAGGACCCAGAGAAAAUCAAGGAGAUGAUUGCCAGAGGGGAGUAUGUGGCCAGAGAGCUGGAAGCGCUGUACUACCUGAGGAAAUACAGAGCCAUGAAGAAACGCUACUACGAGGACUGACAGGAGUGGACUAAUCAUCCUUCAGAGACUCUGACAGCGAGUGUGUCAAACCAGCUGUAUGCAAACGUCAGAACAGUUCAGAGGUUAAUUAUUCCUUAACUACAGUCAAUAACCACCUGCAAUGCCUUAAAAAGAAGAAACCAACAAAAUGUAGGACAAAAAUUGUAUUUCAGUCAAAUAAAAUGCCAGACAGGAAUGCCCAUCAUCUCCUAAGACGCAAACAAAAACAGCAGCAACAUCUUCCAGGUUUUAUUGUUGAUGAAAAUCAAUUAAAUAAAAGUAAUAAACUGU